AUGGCCUCCGCACCCGAAGCGCCGACCGCCGCGGUCCCCGUCGAGGCCGUGGAGCCUGCCGCCGCCAGCACCGGCGGACAGAAGGUCGAUCCUUGGAACGUGUCUGGCGAGGUGGGCGAGGAUGGAAAGGUCAAGGCGAUUGACUACAAGAAAAUCGUCGACGAGUUCGGCACGAAACUGAUUGACGACGCCCUCCUCGAGCGCUUCGAGCGCGUCACCGGACACAAGCCGCACCACUUCCUGCGCCGGCAGAUUGUCUUUUCCCACCGCGACCUCGACCUCAUCCUCGACCGCUACGAGAAGAAGGAGCCUUUCUUUAUCUACACUGGCCGUGGACCGAGUUCCGACAGCAUGCACAUUGGACACGUUAUCCCCUUCCAGUUGACGAAGUGGUUGUCGGAUGUUCUUGAUGCGCCGCUGGUGAUUAUGAUGACUGAUGACGAGAAGUUCCUGUUCUCUGAGAAGAGGACAGUCGAGGAGGUUAUGCACUACACGAGAGAGAACGCCAAGGACAUCAUCGCCAUCGGCUUCAACCCCGAGCGCACCUUCAUCUUCUCCGACUACGACUACAUGGGCGGCGCCUUCUACAAGAACAUCACCCGCGUCGCCAAGCGCAUCACCGUCAACACCGCAAAGGCCGUCUUCGGCUUCGACGACUCCUCCAACAUCGGCAAGGUCCACUUCGCCUCCAUCCAGGCCUCCUCCUCCUUCGCCAACUCCUUCCCCCACAUCUUCGGCGACGACGAGGCGCGCACCACCCAGAUCCCCUGCCUGAUCCCCUGCGCCAUCGACCAGGACCCCUACUUCCGCGUCACCAGAGACUGCGCCGCCGGCCUGCGCUACGCCAAGCCCUCGCUCGUGCACUCGCGCUUCCUCGACGCCCUGCAGGGCCCCGGGUCCAAGAUGUCCGCGUCGAUCGAGAGCAGCGCCAUCUUCAUGAAGGACACGCCCAAGCAGAUCCAGAACAAGAUGAACAAGUACGCCUUCAGCGGUGGCAAGGUCACGGCUGAGGAGCAACGUGCCGAGGGCGCCGACCCCGAUGUCGACGUCUCCUACCAAUACCUCCGCUUCUUCCUCGAAGACGACGCCGAGCUCGCCCAGAUCCGCGAGGACUACCGCACCGGCAAGAUGCUCACGGGCGAGAUCAAGAAGCGCUGCGCCGAGGAGCUGGCCAAGUACUGCACCGCCUUCCAGGAGCGCCGCGCCAAGGUCAACGAGGACACGGUCGACCUCUUCAUGGCGCGGCGCCCGCUGGUCUGGGCCGGGGCUGAGAGCCUCAAGAGCUUGCCGGUCCGCCCUGCGGAAGGUGCUGGUGCGCCCGCGGAAGGCGGCGACGGCAAGAUGACCAAGAACCAGCUCAAGAAGCUCGAGAAGCAGAAGCAGAUUGAGGAGAAGAAGGCGAAGAAGGCGCAGGAGAAGGAGGCUGCCAAGGCGACUGCUGAGGGGGCGUAG